UAACUGCCGAGAUGACAGUCCAACGAUCAAAAUUCUAAGGAUUUAUUUUUUUAUCUUUCACAGAAAAUAAUAAAAACCUAAUACCAAAUCAGAAAAAGCAUUUCCAUUAUCGCCAUUUUCGGUAUCUGUUAAAUCUCCAACAACUGUCUAUCCCUUCUUCGCCGUGAAGCUCCAUUUUUCGCAAUUUGCAACUGCAUUGUUCCCUGCAAUUUCAGUGAAGGUUAUAGAAUGCAUGUAAUGUAUGAGUGAUCUGAUUGUGGUAUUUUAUUGUGCGGGCUGGAGAUUGUUUGAUUUGGUGGUGAAGCGGAUCAAUGGAGGCGAUCGAGGAAUUGGAGCAGCUCGGCGACGCGAUGAGGCAAGCCGCUGCGUUGUUAGCCGACGAGGAUGGCAAUGAAGCUGCCGCAUCGACUAAACGGCCUUCAACGUUUCUCAAUGUAGUGGCGCUUGGAAAUACUGGUGCUGGUAAAUCAGCUGUAUUGAACAGUCUUUUAGGACAUCCUGCUUUGCCAACUGGUGAAGGAGGUGCUACUCGUGCUCCUAUAUGCAUUGAACUUAAAAAGGAUAGUUCCUUAAGCAGCAAGUCAAUUAUUUUGCAAAUCGACAGUAAAUCCCAACAAGUCUCUGCAAGUGCUCUUCGCCAUUCUUUACAGGAUAGACUAAGCAAGAUCUCAUACAAGAGCCGAGAUGAGAUAUAUUUGAAGCUUCGAACUAGUACAGCUCCUCCAUUGAAGUUGGUUGAUCUACCUGGAGUGGAUAAGGGACAUAUUGACGAUGCAUUGAGUACAUAUGUUGCACGCAGUGAUGCCAUAUUACUAGUUGUUAUUCCGGCUGUUCUAGCACCGGAAAUUUCCUCGUAUAAAGCACUUCGACUUGUGAAGGAGCAUGAUGGAGAAUGUACAAGAACUAUAGGUAUUAUUAGCAAGGUAGAUCAAGCAGCUUCAGAUCCAAAAGUUCUUGCAGCUAUCCAUGCGCUUUUGCUAAACCAGGGACCACCAAGCACAUCCGAUAUCCCAUGGGUUGCUUUGAUCGGUCAAUCUGUUUCUAUAGCCUCAGCCCAGUCAGGAAAUGUAGGCAAUGAUAAUUCACUAGAAACAGCAUGGUGUGCUGAGAGUGAAAGUCUUAAAUCAAUAUUAACAAAGGCCCCUCAGAACAAGCUUGGCAGGGUAGCAUUAGUGGAGGCCCUUGCUCAACAGAUCCGUAAUCGAAUGAAAGUCAGACUUCCAAAUCUCCUCUCAGGACUGCAGGGAAAAUCUCAAUCAAUAAAGGAUGAACUGGUAAAGUUUGGCGAUCAAAUGAUUAAUAGUGCUGAAGGUACAAAAGCUUUAGCCCUUGAGCUUUGUCGUGAAUUCGAGGAUAAGUUUCUGGAACAUCUUACUACUGGAGAGGGUGGUGGUUGGAAAGUAAUUGCAAGUUUUGAAGGCAAAUUCCCUGAUAGGAUUAAGCAGCUUCCUAUGGAUAGACACUUUGAGUUAAAAAAUGUGAAGAGGGUUGUGCUAGAAGCAGAUGGCUACCAACCUUACCUUAUUUCUCCCGAGAAAGGGUUAAGGUCUUUAAUAAAGGGUGUAUUGGAGCUGGCGAAAGAACCUUCAACACUUUGUGUCGAAGAGGUACACCGAGUACUUGUCGAUAUUGUCUCAAAAGCUGCUAAUUCAACACCAGGUCUGGGAAAGUAUCCUCCUUUUAAGCAAGAGGUAAUUGCAAUUGCGACUACUGCUCUGGAUGGUUUUAGAACUGAAGCAAAGAAUAUGGUUAUUUCCCUUGUUGACAUGGAGCGGGUUUAUGUCCCCCCGCAACACUUUAUCCGUUUGGUGCAAAGGCGGAUGGAUAGGCAGCGGCGUGACGACGGCCUGAAGAACCAAUCCUCCAAGAAGGCAGCAGAGGCAGAGCAAUCCAUGUUGAAUAGGGCAACCAGCUCACAGACUGGAGGUGAACAAACUAGUGGAAGCUCAAAGUCAGGGAAGGAUAAAUCAGCUCAGCAAGAUAAGGAUUCACAAGAAGGACCAGUCUUGAAGACUGCAGGACCCGAUGGGGAGAUAACAGCAGGGUUUCUUCUGAAGAAAAGUGAUAAAAAAAGUGGCUGGAGCAAGCGAUGGUUUGUUUUAAAUGACAAGACUGGAAAGCUUGGAUAUACCAAGAAGCAAGAAGAACGGCAUUUCCAUGGUGUAAUUACUUUGGAGGAAUGUAAUCUUGAAGAGGCUUCUGAAGAAGGCGAAGGACCAUCAAAAAGUUCAAAAGAUAAAAAGGCAACUGGGCCUGAUGGAGGAAAGGGACCUAGUCUCGUGUUUAAAUUAACAAAUAGGGUUCAAUACAAGACUAUUCUUAAAGCCCAAAGUACUGUUAUUUUGAAGGCAGAAACUUUGGCUGAGAAGACUGAGUGGUUAAACAAAUUAAAAAAUGUUAUAAGUUCUAAAGGAGGUCAAGUUAUUGCUGAUUCUAGUACACCUAUGAGGCAAAGUUCAUCAGAGGGGACACUUGACACGAUGACUAGGAAACCUGCAGAUCCAGAAGAAGAACUUCGAUGGAUGGCUCAAGAAGUACGUGGUUAUGUUGAAGCUGUUCUCAACAGCCUUGCUGCUAAUGUACCGAAGGCAGUUGUUCUUUGCCAAGUAGAGAAGGCCAGAGAAGAUAUGCUUAAUAAAUUGUACAGUUCUGUCAGUGCACAAAGUAGAUCAAAGAUCGAAGAACUACUCCUGGAAGACCAUAAUGUGAAGCGUAGGAGAGAGCACUUUCAGAAACAAUCCUCUCUUCUUGCUAAGGUCACUCAGCAGCUUAGUGUUCAUGAUAAUCGAGCAGCUGCUGUGUCUAGCUACUCAGAUAGUGAUGGAGCUGAAAGCGCCUCAAGAUCUGGAGGACAGUCAUCAGGUGAUGACUGGAGAUCUGCAUUUGAUGGUUCUUCAAAUGCCGCUCAAAAUGGUGAUGCAGGGUCUAGAAGUCGUCGUACACCUAGCCGGAUGCCACCUGCACCUCCUGGUUCUGGAUUUAAAUCCUAGACAUUUGAUUCAUAUUCUUUGUAGCUGAGGAGGUUUUGGUUCCUGCUCUCUUCUUGGGCUCUUGAUGUCGUCGGAUUUUGUCACGAGAUCUUUGUAUUCAUAGAUUCCACAUUUUAGGUAACAUUUUAGCUAUUGGUCCAGUGGUCUCCAUUUACCAACGAAUAAGUUUUCCCGUUGCUGCUCGAUCCUCUAACCCUGAUGCUACUUAUUGAUUUCAAAGUAAGGAGUUUCAGGACAAUCUACAUAUAUAAUUUUGUGAGGCGUGGACGUCCGCCUCUAUUGUUGGUUGAGCUUUAACUGAUAAGGUUGCUUAGUGAAGUUGGUGAAACACUUCAAACGUAGAUCAUUCUUUGAUUCAUAAUCUAAUUUGAUGCUUCAAGAUUGCAUCUUGCAUCCUUAGGUUUGACGCUUAGCUUAAACUUUCCACACCUUUCUCCAGCAAUGUUGAUCUAAC